AUGCCCUCCUCUUCACUCGCCGAAUACCUCGCCAAGAACUACCUCACGGCGGACCCAGCUACCGAACGCCCCAAAAAGAAACGCAAGAAGACCAAACACGCCGACACCGCCGCCGCCGGCCUGAUCAUCGCCGACGACGACCCGCCCGAUCUACGGACCGCCGGGUCCCAAUUCGACGAGGGCGACGAGAGCCCAGCCGUCGUGAGCUCGGCGCGGAGCGCGGAGUUCCGGCGCGCGAAGAAGUCGAACUGGAAGACUAUUGGCGGGGCGGAGGAGCAGGAUGCGGCGGACGCGAUCAUCGCGUCUGCGGCGGCGGAGAACGCGGCGCGGCGCGGGGAGGGCGAGGAUGGGGAGGAUGAUGCGCCGGCUGUAGUGGAGGGAGCGGAGGAGGAGGAGGAGGAGGAUGGGGGAUUGCGGAUGGAGUCCGGGGCGCGGGCGGGGUUGCAGACGGCGGCGCAGACGGCGGCGAUGGUGGCGGCGCAGGAGCGGCGGAAGCGGGUGGAGGCGGCGCGGAAUGCAGAGCGGCCGGCGGAGGCGCAGGAGACGAUCUACCGUGAUGCGUCUGGGCGGAUCAUCAACGUAGCGAUGAAGCGGGCGGAGGCGCGGCGGGCGGAGCAGGAGAAGCGCGAGAAGGAGGAGGCGGCGAAGGAGGCGCUGAUGGGUGAUGUGCAGCGGCGGGAGCGCGAGGUGCGGCGGCAGGAGAUCCAGGAGGCGCGGGCGAUGCCGCUUGCGCGGACGAUUGAGGACGAGUCGCUGAAUGAGGAGUUGAAGUCGCAGGCGCGGUGGAAUGAUCCCGCCGCGCAGUUCCUGACCAAGUCCACCGGGCCGGGAGUGAGUGUGACGGGACAGCCGCUGUACAAGGGGGCGUUUCAGCCGAAUCGGUAUGGUAUCCGGCCGGGACACCGGUGGGAUGGGGUGGACCGGAGUAAUGGGUUUGAGAAGGAGUGGUUUGCGGCGAGGAACAAGAAGGGGAGAAUGGAGGCGUUGGAUUACCAAUGGCAGAUGGAUGAGUGA